AUGUCAGCUGCUGAAACUAAUCAAGUUCAAGAAUCAUUGGAGAAGUUGAACCUUGAUUCAACGUCCACUCCUGCUGCUGCUGCUGCUGCUGCUGCUGCUGCUGCCGGUGGUGAGGGUGCAGCACCAGCUUCCACUGCUGCUGACUCUGAGACUGUCGCUUCGACAGUCCCUGAAGCGUCGGCUGAGGAGCAAGGCGAGUCCAGCGGCGUUGCCGAGAACUCGGCCUCGUUGUAUGUUGGUGAGUUGAACCCAUCAGUUAACGAAGCAACGCUUUUUGAGAUUUUUUCACCAAUCGGUCAAGUUGCCUCCAUCAGAGUGUGCCGUGAUGCCGUCUCCAAGAAGUCCUUGGGCUACGCUUACGUCAACUACCACAAGUUGGAAGACGGAGAAAAGGCUAUCGAGGAGUUGAACUACACUCCCAUUGAAAACAGACCCUGUCGUAUCAUGUGGUCGCAAAGAGACCCAUCGACUAGAAGGUCGGGUGACGGUAACAUUUUCAUCAAGAACUUGCACCCGGCUAUCGACAACAAGGCCUUGCACGACACAUUCUCCGCUUUUGGCAGAAUCUUGUCUGUUAAAGUUGCCACCGACGACCUUGGCCAGUCGAAAUGUUUUGGUUUCGUUCACUACGAGACGGGUGAAGCUGCCGAGGCUGCCAUUGAGAGUGUCAACGGGAUGUUGUUGAAUGACCGUGAAGUGUUUGUUGGCAAGCACGUGUCAAAGAAGGACCGUGAGUCCAAGCUCGAGGAAAUGAAGGCCAACUACACCAACAUCUACGUCAAGAACAUUGACUUGGCUUUCUCCGAGAAGGAAUUUGAAGAUUUGUUUGCUCCAUUUGGUAAGAUCACCUCCAUCUACUUGGAGAAGGACCAAGAGGGCAAUUCCAAGGGAUUCGGUUUCGUUAACUUUGAAGAGCACGGAGCUGCUGCUCAAGCUGUUGAAGAAUUGAACGACAAGGAAAUCAACGGCCAAAAAAUAUACGUCGGUAGAGCUCAAAAGAAGAGAGAAAGAACCGAGGAGUUGAAGAAACAGUACGAGGCUGCGAGAUUAGAGAAAUUGUCCAAAUAUCAAGGCGUCAACUUGUUUGUCAAGAACUUGGAUGAUCAAAUCGACUCUGAGAAAUUGGAAGAAGAAUUUAAGCCAUUUGGUACAAUCACCUCCUCGAGAGUUAUGGUUGACGAGAAUGGCAAAUCCAAGGGAUUUGGUUUCGUGUGCUUUAGCACUCCAGAAGAAGCCACCAAGGCUAUCACCGAAAUGAACCAGAGAAUGGUUAGCGGUAAGCCCUUGUACGUUGCCUUGGCCCAACGUAAGGAUGUCAGACGUUCGCAAUUGGAGCAGCAGAUUCAAGCUAGAAACCAAAUGAGAAUGCAAAAUGCUGCUGCUGGUGGAUUGCCCGGCCAAUUUAUCCCACCAAUGUUUUACGGUCAACAAGGUUUCUUCCCUCCAAACGGCAGAGGCAACGCACCAUUCCCAGGCCCAAACCCUCAGAUGAUGAUGAGAGGCAGAGGUCAACCCUUCCCAGACCAAUGGGCCAGACCAGGUCCAAAUGGCCAACCGGUUCCAGUUUACAGUAUCCCACCGCAAUUCCAGGACUUUAACGGUCAAAACAUGAGACCUCAACAACAACAGCAGCAGCAACAACACCAACAACAACAACACCAACAACAAGAGCAGCAGCAGCAGCAAAGAGGUUACUACCCUAACCGUGGAGUUGGAAACAAGGUCUCAGCUAAGGAUUUGGCUGCUUUGAUUUCAAGUGUACCACCAGAAGCGCAAAAGAGAAUUUUGGGCGAGGAAUUGUACCAAAGAAUAGUUGCCACUGGUAAAGCUCAGGAACCAGAAGCUGCAGGUAAGAUUACUGGUAUGAUGUUGGGAUUGGAGAACCAAGAAAUCUUGGACUUGUUGGACGACGAUGAACUUUUCAAUAACCAUUUCGAAGAGGCCUUGACUGCAUUUGAGGAGUACAAGAACUCCGAAGGUGCUGCUGCUGCCGCCGCCGCUGAAGAACCAUUGGCUUCAUAA